UUGUUAGCAUUUAAAUCGAGUUUUAUUGUAUGGAUUAAGUAAGAAAAUAAUUGAACCGAUGAAUUUGGGAUCUAACCAGUCGGGUUGACUGUAAUAGCAGCAGGAGAAGUUGAAAGAAGUUAUUGAAUUUUUUUGGCUGCUCAACGAGACGAUACUCUGAAAUACAGAAAAGAAGAAGAAGGAAGAAAAAAUGGUGGUAGCAGUGUCAACGAUGGGGGUGGAUUCGUUAACGGAAAGAGCGGCCAAGAUGAGAGAAGCUCUGCUAAAGAGCCAAACAAUAACUGAUAAUGUAGUCACUAUUCUUGGCUCUUUUGAUAGCCGCCUUUCUACUCUUGAAACCGCUAUGCGUCCUACCCAGAUAAGAACACAUGCUAUAAGGAAAGCUCAUGAGAAUAUUGAUAAGACUUUGAAAUCAGCAGAGGUUAUAUUGGCUCAAUUCGAUAUCUCUCGGCAGGCAGAGGCGAAAAUACUUAAAGGACCACAUGAGGACUUGGAAAGCUAUCUAGCGGCCAUUGAUCAGCUAAGAAGCAAUAUUCGAUUUUUCAGCAGUAGUAAUGGCUUUAAAAGUAGUGAGGCAGUGCUCAAUAAUGCAAGUAGCUUACUUGCUAAAGCUAUCUCAAAGCUAGAAGAGGAGUUUAGGCAGCUAUUAGCAUCUUACAGCAAAGCUGUGGAGUCUGAUCGUCUCUUUGAAUGCCUUCCUGAAUCAAUGCAACCAUCCUCUGGAUCACCUUUAAAUCAUAACGGCGGAAGAAAUCAUUCUGAGCAGCAUAAUAGUAAUUUAGAGAAUGGGGGUUUCAAACAUCUUACUCUCAUUCCUCCAAGGAUUCUUCCUUUGUUGCAUGAUUUAGCCCAACAAAUGGUUCAAGCUGGACACCAGCAGCAAUUACUUAAAAUUUACGGGGAUACCCGCUCUUCAGUUUUAGAACAAAGCCUCCAAAAGUUAGGAGUAGAAAAACUCAGCAAAGAGGAUGUGCAAAAGAUGCAAUGGGAGGUAUUGGAGGCCAAGAUUGGGAACUGGAUUCAUUUCAUGCGAAUUGCUGUCAAAGUCCUUUUUGCUGGGGAAAGGAGGGUUUGUGAUCAAAUAUUUGAUGGGUUUGAUGCUCUUCGAGAUCAGUGUUUUGCUGGAUGUACUGCUAAUAGUGUCUCAAUGCUUCUUAGUUUUGGGGAGGCAAUUGCCAGAAGCAAAAGGUCACCUGAAAAGUUAUUUGUACUUCUGGACAUGUAUGAAAUUAUGAGAGAAAUUCAUUCAGAGGUUGAGGCUCUUUUCAAGGGUAAAGCUUGCACAGAAAUUCAGGAAUCUACAUUUGGUUUAACUAAAAGGCUUGCUCAAACAGCUCAAGAAACAUUUGGCGAUUUUGAAGAAGCAGUUGAAAAGGAUGCAACAAAGACAGCUGUAUUGGAUGGGACUGUCCAUCCUCUGACAAGCUAUGUGAUUAACUACGUAAAAUUUCUCUUUGACUACCAAUCAACCCUGAAACAACUCUUUCAAGAAUUUGAUAGUGGAGGUGAAACAAGCUCCCAGUUAGCUUCUGUGACAAUGCGAAUAAUGCAGGCACUUCAAACCAAUCUCGAUGGAAAAUCUAAGCAGUACAAAGAUACAGCUUUGACUCACUUAUUUCUCAUGAAUAAUAUUCACUACAUGGUCAGAUCUGUGCGCAGAUCUGAAGCCAAGGACUUGUUAGGGGAUGAUUGGGUUCAAAGACACAGAAGGAUUGUACAACAACAUGCAAAUCAAUACAAAAGGAAUGCGUGGGCAAAGAUUCUCCAAUGCCUCUCUGCACAAGGCUUGACCUCAUCUGGGGGUGGUAGUGCAGUACCUGGUGAGGGAGGAAGUGGAAGUGGAGCUUCAAGAGGAUUGAUCAAAGACAGGUUUAAGACUUUCAAUAUGCAAUUCGAGGAGCUUCAUCAAAAACAAUCUCAAUGGACUGUUCCUGACACUGAGUUACGAGAGUCUCUAAGGCUAGCAGUUGCUGAAGUCCUGUUACCUGCCUACAGAUCAUUUGUGAAACGUUUUGGGCCUCUCGUGGAGAGUGGGAAGAACCCCCAGAAGUACAUUAAGUACUCAGCAGAGGAUCUGGAGAGGAUGCUGGGCGAAUUUUUUGAGGGGAAGACGUUAAAUGAGCCCAGGCGAUAGAGAGUAUCCUCCCUGAUGAUGAAGGUUAGGACCCGCAUUUGACCUUGUGCAAGAUGAUGAUGUACUCCGCUUAGAAGGUACUCUAUGAUGGUGCAAAUCGGUUUUGGCAUGGGCUUUUCUGUUUCCUGCUUGCUAUUGAUUGUAAAGGCUGUGAAUAAAAUUAGAAGCUUAAAAUGACAAAUAUGUGCAUUGUCUGCUUUUUUCUUGGAGAAAAAGUUGAGAAGAUAAAUAAGGUUAGUCUAGAAUUUGUUGCUUGUGAUGCAGGGCGAGUGUUUAUGUAAUCUGAGACCGUUUUUUUUUUU